GGUAUUCCUUCGAACAAAUUUUACUCUUAAAAAUGGCUAAGAAAAAAGAUAAUGAAAAACACGAAGAUGGACAAAAGGGAAAGUAUAAUAAAGACGACGAUUCUAAUGAUUUAGAUAACUUGGUCGAUGACAUUACAGAUGAAGAGUUGCUUGGAGAUGUUUUACAAAAGAAACCAAAAGUAUCUGAUGGUGUUGAUACAGUCAUUAUUGUUGAUGGUGUACCUCAAGUUAACCCUGAACGUUUUGAUAAACUGAAAGUAGUAAUAACUAAAAUUUUUGCUCAAUUUGGUAAAAUUACUAGUGAUUUUUAUCCUAAGUCAGAAAAUGGUCAUACUAAAGGAUAUAUAUUUAUUGAGUAUGAAAAACAUGAAAGCGCUUUAGAAGCUGUCACCCAAGCUAAUAACUAUAAAUUAGAUAAACAGCACACAUUUUUAAUAAAUCUGUUCUCUGAUUUCAAGAAAUAUAAUGAUAUACCAGAGAAAUGGGAACCUCCUACUCCUCAACAAUUCCCAGAAAGACCAAAUUUGCAAUAUUUCUUAACGGAAAACGAUUCAUUUGACCAAUAUUAUGUAUAUAAUAUAAAUAACCUGAUAGAAGUUUGGCUAAAUAGUAAUCCUCAACCCAUAAAAUUGGUAGAACGUGAAAAAUGGACUGAAUCAUUAAUAAUGUGGUCACCUCUUGGUACUUAUUUAGCAACACUACAUAAGCAAGGUGUUGUUCUUUGGGGAGGACCAAAUUUCACUAAUGUUUUGAAGCUCUCUCAUAAAAAUGUUCAAUUUAUUGAUUUUUCCCCAUGUGAACAGUAUCUAGUAGCCUAUGCACCUUUAGAUAAUGAUGAACAAAAACUGACUAUUUUUGACAUUCGUACUGGUGCUGAAAAACGAUCAUUUAUUUCUGAUACUCCUACUGGAGGUCCAGUCCCAAUAUUGAGAUGGUCCAAAGAUGAUAAAUAUUUUGCUCGUAUUGGGAAUAACACUCUAAGUGUUUAUGAAACACCUUCUUUUGGAUUGUUAGACAAAAAAAGUAUUACAGUUAAUGGUAUUAGAGAUUUUAGUUGGUCACCUAGAGAUAAUGUACUAGCAUACUGGGUGGCUGAAGACAAAGAUGUUCCAGCUCGUGUAGUUCUAUUAGAAAUACCUAGUCGCAAAGAAAUCCGAGCAAAUAAUUUGUUCAAUGUAGCAGACUGUAAAAUUCAUUGGCAAAAAGCUGGUGAUUACCUAUGUGUUAAAGUUGAUCGUUAUGCUAAAAUAAAGAGGGAAAAGGGAGAUGUUAAGUACAGUGGUAUGUACUAUAAUUUUGAAAUAUUUCACAUGAGAGAAAAAAAUAUACCAGUUGACAGUGUAGAAAUUAAAGAACCAAUCCAUGCUUUUGCUUGGGAACCAAUUGGUUCAAAAUUUGCAAUUAUUCACGGGGAACCUAGUAAUAAUAAUGUAAGCUUUUAUAAUGUUAAAUCCGGUCAAGCCCCAGUAUUACUAAAAAAAUUAGACAAACAUUUUUGUAGUCAUUUGUUUUGGUCACCAACGGGUCAAUAUAUUGUUAUUGCUGAAAUUCGCGAUUCUGGUGCUCUGGAGUUUGUUGAUACUGCUGAUUUUACUACAAUGUGUUCUACAGAACAUUUUAAAGCUACUGAUGUUGAAUGGGAUCCUACUGGUCGUUAUGUAGCCACAGGAGUCAGCUCCUGGAAAACAAAAGGGGAUUCUGGAUAUUGGAUUUGGUCAUUCCAAGGUCGAAUAUUAAACAGAUUUAACACAAACACAUAUUGUCAUAUGCAGUGGAGACCAAGACCACCGACGUUAUUGAGUGCCAAGCAACAAAAAGAUAUUAAAAAAAGCUUGAAGAAGUAUACUUCUCAAUUUGAAACUAAAGAUAAAAUGAGAAUGACUAAAGCUUCAAAAGAAGUUAUUGAUAAACGGCGAAAAUUGAUUAAAGAAUUUGAAGAAUACCGUAGUAAACGUUUAGCUGACUGGGUUAAACAAAAAGCUGAAAGGAUGGCAAUAAGAAAUCAUAUUGAUACUGAUGAAUUAACUUCUGACAGUAAAAAUGUUGAAGAAGAAAAAGUUGAAUUUUUAGUAAAAGAAGAAGUGACUGUAAUUGAGUAAGCAUUUUUGAAUGUUUUCUUGUAAUUAAUUUCCACUGAUUGUUUUUUGUUUACAUUUUGGAUAAACUAAUAAAUUUAUAUAAUUAGUCAUAUUGUCUAUACAGUAAUGUCAUGUAAUAUGACAUUAAUAAACCUUCAAUUAUUUAUAUUCUUUAUUAUUAUUAUUAUGUUCUGUAAAUUAUCUUUCAAUAUAAAUUUCAAAUACAAAAGAAAAAAUGUGUGAUCUUCUUUAUUAUAUUAUCUUAUUUAAACUUUUCUGUUUAGUUUUACUUAUUUAUGAAGUCUCCAUUUAAUUUCCUUUAUAUCUAGUUUUAGCUCCUAAGUAUAAGAAAAUUUGGUAUCUUAAGUUAAUGUUAUGAAAGAGUGUAUAAUAUUUAAAAUUUCAAAUGUAUUUACCCUUGUUAAACUCUAAUGUAACAAUGAUUGUAAAGUUUUUUCCCAUUGGGUUGUGGUAUCUUAAUUUAUUAAAAUUAUUUCCUAAAACUUCUAUUUUUAACCAUAAAAUAAGUUUAUUAACAACUAUAUUUAUGUAAAAAUAAGGUUUUCUUAACAUUAUUUUGAUAUUAAUAGGACAAUGUAUUAUGACAUGCAUACAAUUAUACAGUUCUCACAAUAUAUGAAUCUUUUACUAAUUUAAGAAAAAUGUAUAGGUUACUGAAAAUUUGUUAAUUUUUUUAAUUUAAACCGAUAUUUAUUGACA